UUCUCUCCUCCAUGGGCACAGGCAUUUUCUGCUGCUUUCCCGACCCUGUCGACUUUGACGCCGAUGUAAACCUCUUCCACUUUGAGCUCCAUAGAGCGAUCGGCAAGGGUGCUUUUGGCAAGGUCCGUGUUGUCGAGCACAAGAGGACAAAGAAACUUUUUGCUCUCAAAUAUAUCAACAAGGCGCAGUGCGUCAAGCAGAAGGCUGUUGCCAACGUUAUUCAGGAGCGACAGCUUCUUGAAGAAGUUGACCAUCCGUUUGUUGUGAACUUGCGGUAUGCAUUCCAGGAUGAUGCGAACUGUUUCUUUGCGCUGGACCUCAUGCUGGGUGGUGAUCUGCGAUUUCAUCUUGAACGGAAAGGACACAUUGAAGAGUCCGCCGUCAGAUUUUGGGUAGCAGAACUGUCAUGUGCACUGUCAUAUCUGCACAAACAGCGAAUAAUUCAUCGUGAUAUUAAGCCUGAUAACAUAUUACUCGAUAUCAUGGGUCAUGCACACAUCACAGACUUUAACGUUGCCAUUCACUACUCGUCGACGCGACUGCAUAGUUCCGUCGCAGGAUCACUUGCAUAUAUGGCUCCAGAAGUGUGUGGGAGAAAAGGCUAUUCAUGGCAGGCGGACUGGUGGUCCCUUGGAGUGUGCGCUUAUGAGUUGAUCUUUGGGCGCCGGCCAUUUGAAGGACGUUCGUCGGACUCGUUAACUGCCGCGAUUGUGAAGGACCAUUUACGCUUCCCCGAACGGGCACCGCAAAUUAUUAGUGAAGAAGGGAUCAGCGCACUUAGGCAGUUCAUUGAGCGGAAUCCGAAAAAGCGGCUCGGAUGUCGUGCGGAUGGGCAAAACGUUGAGGGCAUUCGUUCACAUCCUUGGUUGUCCAGCUUAAACUGGGAAGUUUUGGAAGAAAAGGACGCACAACCCCCUUUCGUUCCAGACAUGCGCAAAGCGAACUUUGACAUCACUCACGAACUUGACGAAUUUCUUAUGGUUGAAAAGCCACUCACGGCUACGAAACGGAAACAGAAUCUCGAUUUGGACAAAUUGGCACCUGAAUACCGACAAUUGGAAGAACAGUUCACGAACUUUGACUACACGAAGCCGAGACGAAUGUCGUAUUACCCACAUAACCAACCGAUUAUGGUGCCUGUACCGCAUGGUGAUGGCGAGCCUUCGUUGGAGAUUACGCGGACGUCGUCGCAUUCGCAACAUUCAGGUACGCUAGUUGUAGGCGUUACUACAGCAGGGAGUGGGUCUCGAACGGGAUCGCCCAUACACGAUCAUGCACCUGCGACGCAGUCACCACUCGCGUUGCCAGUGGAACCGGACCGAGCUGUUGUACGGACGCCGUUGAACGGUGACGGCGCUGCUCCGCAGAGCGGUAUGAAUGUCGGUGAGGCUCUUGCAGGGCCUGACGAGGUGCAAGCUGUCCCUCGUCGUUCGGCUGGUUCUGCAAUGUCUGCACGUUCUGCAGCGCCUGCGCCUGCGCCUGCAUAGUAUGUCUCUGCGUGUGCGUACACAUAGUACGAAUUAGGACUUGGUUGUUCUUCGGUGUCUAUGUUCUAUGUAUACAUUCUCGCUCUUCAUUUGUUCCUCUUGUUACUCCCGUCAUGUUCUUCGUACCUUUCCUAUCCUUCGGAAGUCUUCCUUGUCUUAAUUUUCAAUCCUUCUCUCGGAGCGACCCACUUUUUUUUCCAUCUUUUCCUCCCCUCCGUAUUACUCAUUCACCGUAACAAACCGACCUGACCCUGAAAGGAAAUAUACCUUUGUUUACGCAUAUAUGCACUAUGCAUUUUAACUAAUAAUGACUCUAACCUUACUUUAUACCUUAAUCA